AUGGCUCGUGGAAGAAAACCAACUAACGAUGGAGGUGCUAAGAACACCCGCAAGAACAAGAUUACUGUUGACCAUGUUGAUGAGGGGUUGGUUCACUCUCAACACUCAGAGCCCUCUCAGCACUCAGAGCCCUCACAGCAUACUGAGAAGUUUGUGUUGGAACCCGCUGUUCGUGAAGCUGUUAGGGAUGAAAUCCUUGGGAUGAUUCAGGAGUUUCUGCCAGAUAUCAUGAAAGGGGCUUUUAAAUCAUUGAAAGAUGACGUGUUGAAGGAUAUUGGGACUAAGAAAAAGAAUGCAACUAAUGAUGAUACCGAUAGUGAAGGGGAUGGUACAGGCAAGAAUGGAAAAGGGGGUUGUAAUUAUGCAGCUUUUAAGAGGUGUGACCCACCUCGUUUUGAUGGACGAAAGGACGCAGUGGCGACAUGUCAUUGGCUGUCUGAGAUGGAGGCUGUAAUCUCUAUUAGUGAGUGUCGCGCUGAUCAGGCGGUGAAAUUUGCUGCUCAUUCGUUCAUCGCCGAGGCACUACACUGGUGGAACACUAUUCGGGAAAGGAAGAGUGCUCAAGAGUUGGAUGAUAUGAAAUGGGAAGAUUUGAAGCAGAUGGUAAAAAAGAAAUUUUGUGCUCUUAACGAAAUUGAGAAAAUUGAGAAAGAGUUCCUAACUUUCAAAGCAGGGAAAUUGUCACACCGGGAGUAUACUUCCAAAUACAUUGAGAUGGCACGUCCCAUACCGUACAUGUCUGGGAAUGAUGAAAGGUGGAAGAAACAUUACAUUGAGGGGUUGCCUGAUAGGGUUAGGCACUUGGUAAAGGCUCAUGCUCCUCUUGAUUUUGAUGCAGCAGUUGAGCUAAGUGCGACUCUUUACGAUGAUGUAUUAGCAGUUGAAGAAAAGGUGGAGGAACCAGAAAAGAAAAAGUGGGUUGGGUCGAAUAAGAGGUUCAGGGGUGAACAUGGGGAUACAAGUGAUAAGAGGGUUAAAACUGAGAACUUGGGUACAUGCAGGAAGUGCGGAAAAACGCACUCUGGGGAUUGCUCAAUGAAGACCAUUCUAUGUUUCCGUUGUGGGCAAACGGGACACUUUGCUAAUGAUUGUAAGGCUGGCCCUAAGUGUUACAAAUGUGGGGGUUUUGGGCACAUAUCCAGAGAAUGCAGGGGCAAAAAGGGCGAGGGGUCAAGCCAGGGUCCUGCUGAGGUCAAGAAAGAGGAUGUGAAACCGAAGGCAAAUGCACGGGCCUUCACGAUGACUAAGGCUGAGGCGAAGACUGAUCCGAAUGUUGUUUCAGGUACAUUCCUUGUUAAUGAUGUUCCUGCUUCUGUGUUAUUUGACUCUGGGGCCAGUAGGAGUUUUGUGGCCCAUUCCUUUUGUGGUAAAUUGCGUAGAAUGCCUAGGAAGAUUGAGGAACCAUUUUGUGUUGAAACUGCUGUGGGUCGACCUACUAGUGUGACCGAUGCUUUAGAUGAUUGUUUUAUUGAUUUGGAAGGUCAUAGGUUCCCUGCUAGACUGUUUAUCAUUACGUUGGGUGGUUUUGAUGUGGUAUUGGUAAUGGAUUGGUUGUCCGCGUUUAAUGCAGAUAUCGUUUGUCGGGAAAAAAUGAUACGAUUGACGUCAUUAGAAGGGAGUCCUGUGACAGUUUAUGGCGAUAAGGUGUGCUCUUCGCCGAAAAUCAUUUCUAUGAUGAAGGCGGUAAAAUUCUUGAGGCGCGGGUGUGGAGCUUACUUGGCAUAUGUCAUCGAUGACGAUGUGGAACGUAAGGAGUUGGCUGAUGUGCCUGUGGUGUGUGACUUCCCUGAUGUUUUUCCUGAUGAUUUGACGGGAGUGCCACAGGAACGGGAAAUUGAGUUCCAAAUUGACUUGCUGCCAGGAGCUCAGCCAGUUGCCAGAGCGCCUUACCGUCUGGCUCCGACCGAAAUGAAAGAGUUGAUGGAGCAGCUUCAGGAUCUUUUGGAUAAAGGAUUCAUUCGACCGAGCAUCUCUCCGUGGGGUGCUCCGGUGUUGUUUGUGAAGAAAAAAGAUGGUAGCAUGCGUAUGUGCAUUGACUAUCGGGAGUUGAAUAAACUCACGGUGAAAAACAAAUAUCCUUUGCCACGCAUCGACGAUUUAUUUGAUCAGCUACAGGGAGCGAAGUGGUUUUCCCGAAUUGAUUUGAGGUCAGGUUAUCAUCAGUUACGGGUAAGAGAGGAAGACAUUCCGAAGACAGCUUUCCGUACGCGCUAUGGUCAUUAUGAGUUUCUGAGUGAAGAGGAUCACACGGUUCACUUGCGAGAGGUGUUAGAGAUGCUACGGAAGGAGAAACUUUAUGCUAAGUUCUCCAAGUGUGCUUUUUGGUUACGCGAGGUUCAGUUUUUGGGGCAUGUUAUUAAUUCAGAAGGAAUUAUGGUGGAUCCUGCUAAGAUAGAUGCAAUAGUGAAUUGGAGUCCUCCUAAGACUCCAUCAGAAAUUCGCAGCUUUUUGGGUCUCGCGGGCUACUAUAGGAGAUUUAUUCAGGAUUUCUCCAAGCUAGCAUCACCAUUGACUCGGUUGACAAGGAAAGAGGCAAAAUUUGUGUGGGGUGCGGAGCAGGAAACCGCAUUCGAGGUGCUAAAGAAGAGAUUGACCGAAGCUCCGCGUGGGAGGGUGAUAGCCUACGCUUCACGUCAGUUGAAAACUCAUGAGGUUAACUACCCUACUCACGAUUUGGAGCUGGCGGCAGUGAAAGAGUUGAACAUGAGACAACGGAGAUGGCUCGAAUUGAUUAAGGACUACGACUGCGAAAUCCUUUAUCACCCUGGGAAAGCGAAUGUGGUCGCUGACGCGUUGAGUCGUAAGGAGAGACACACACCCAUUCGAUUGAAAGAAGCGCAGACUGAGGCAUUGCGUGAGGAUAGGUUGAAGGGCGAACGGGUAUUCGGCCAGCAUGGGAUGUUGACCGAAAAUAACCAAGGGGCAACCAAGAUGUAUCAGGAUUUGAAGAGGGAUUACUGGUGGCCGGGUAUGAAGUAUGAUGUGACCCAGUAUGUAGGGAAGUGUUUGACGUGUCUCCAGGUGAAAGCAGAGCAUCAAAAACCGUAUGGGAAGAUUCAGCCGUUAGAGAUUCCCGAAUGGAAAUGGGAACACAUUACCAUGGAUUUUAUCACAAAGCUACCAAAGACAUCUAAGCGCCACGACACUAUAUUGGUGAUUGUGGAUAGACUAACAAAGAGCGCUCAUUUUCUGCCGAUCCGUGAAGCAUUCUCGUCUGAGCAGUUAUCAGAAGUGUUUGUGAAUGAAAUUAUUGCUCGACAUGGGUUGGGAUAG